CUCCGCAUUCUUCGUCCCAUUUCCUCCAUCGCCAUUCCCUCAAUAAAAGGCUGCACUCUACCAGCAAAGUUCAAACUGAACAUUUUCAGCCAACGACGCCAUGAGUAUCUCGUUACCUCCCUCCUUCAACUAUUCCCUGCCGCAAUCAAAGGUUUUCUUCAUUGGACUUGCUGGCGGCGCUGACUCUGGAAAGGAAGCGUUUUGCAGAGUCCUGAUCGAGCAAUUGCAAAAGAACCAGGUCGUGGACAGCAGCAAGGCGCUUUUGCUACACCUUCACGACUAUUACAGGGAGCCCACGGACGAGGAUCGCGUCAGAAUCGCGAGCGGUCUCUACAACUUUGACCACCCAGAUGCGUUUGAUUGGGAUCUGCUUGCACAAGUCCUGGAUGACCUCAAGGAGGGCAACGUGACUAGGUUCCCCAAAUUCGACUUCGCGACAAAGAAGAGGACAUUUGAGGCACGUUCAAAGGGUCUAGAAGAUCCGAAUGUGAUUCUCCUGGAAGGCAUCUUUGCUCUCUACAGCCAGCGGAUUCGUGAACUUUUGAACAUGAAGCUCUUUGUGGAUGUGGAUGAUGAUGCACGGUUGGCAAACAGAGUCGCACGUAAAGUUGCAGAAGUGAACCCUGACCCCAUUGAUCACAUUCUCACGGAAUACGUACGUUUCGUAAAACCAGCCUUCGACGACUUUAUCCAACCGUCGAAAAAGUGGGCGGAUAUUAUUAUUCCCCGUGGACUCGAGAAUGCGCCUGCCAUGGAACUAAUCACAUCCCAUGCUGCAGAUCUUUUGGGUCGUCACCAACAAUCAAAUUCCACCCGCCCCUCUCGUAUGAACUCCUCGACAGUUUUGCAAGAGAUGAUGAGUAGUACCCCAUCCAAUGCCUCGUCCACCUGCCCCUCUCCUAGGCCAAUCUCAAAAUCGGCAGCACACAGCGAAACAGCAUCGCGCUCCAGUUUGACAUCCUCACCUGUUCCUAGAAAGGAUGUCCUUGGCGGCUUAACUGACAGCCUUUACAAGCCAGUGCCAGAGUAACUCGUGAGAAAAUUGCAUUGUAUAGUUAAUGAAUAACAGCUGGAUCCCCAAGCUGUAUUCUACGAUUUGUUUUUUAAAAUAAAUAUGUCCAUUAUAUCUCUGGUA